GUCCUUUCCGGCAAGUUGGACCCGCCAACAUGGGUCGGGUCAUCCGUGCUCAGCGUAAGGGAAGAGGGUCAAUUUUCACUGCGCAUACGAAGCACAGGAAAGGAGCACCCAAGCUCCGCAGUGUAGAUUAUGCAGAGCGUCAUGGAUACAUCAAGGGUGUGGUAAAGGAGUUGAUUCACGACCCGGGCCGCGGCGCGCCGCUGGCCGUCGUGCACUUCCGCGACCCGUACCGCUACAAGACGCGCAAGGAGCUGCUGCUGGCCGUGGAGGGCAUGUACACCGGCAUGUUCAUCUACUGCGGCCAGAAAGCCACCCUGCAGAUCGGCAACGUGCUGCCCGUCGGCCGCAUGCCCGAGGGAACGGUCAUCUGCAACCUGGAGGAGAAGUCUGGCGACCGCGGCCGGCUGGCCAGGACGUCCGGCAACUACGCCACGGUGGUGUCGCACAACCUGGACACGAAGAAGACGCGCAUCAAGCUGCCGUCUGGCUCCAAGAAGGUGAUCCCGUCCACCAACCGCGCCAUGGUCGGCAUCAUCGCCGGCGGUGGACGUACUGACAAGCCCAUCAUGAAGGCUGGCCGCGCCUUCCACAAGUACAAGGCCAAGAGGAACGCCUGGCCCACUGUGCGUGGUGUGUGCAUGAACCCUGUGGAGCAUCCUCACGGCGGUGGAAACCAUCAGCAUAUCGGCAAGGCGUCCACCAUCGCCCGUGGCAAGUCGCCAGGAAAGAAGGUCGGUCUCAUCGCCGCCCGCAGGACCGGACGUAUUCGCGGAGGCAAGAAGCUCGUCAAGGACGCCGACUAAAAUAUAUCGGUUCGGGAAAUACAGACUCCGCGGAACG